GGUCUCCUCCUUUUAUUUCUUCUCCAGUUCUUCACCAGAUCUUCUCCUCUCACUACAGUAACAGAUAUUGCUCAAGUUACCAAUUCUUUUACUUCGGUGGUGUCAGCUUCCAUUCUUUUUCCUUUUUUUUUGUUUCUUUUCCUUUUCUUUUUUAAUCUUCAUCUCUAUCAGAAGGUGACUGCAAAAGCGAGUGCACAAGAAAGAGAUACAGAAGAAAAGAGACACGAGAGGAGGGAGAGGAAGAGAAGAAGCUUUCAGUACUCCCACUGGGAGACUCUGAUCGAUGUCCCCAACCUCUAGCGCAUCUAUGUCCCAUGGUCUCCACCAAGGCAUAACGACGCGCCAAGAACAUCAGAUGCAGCACCACAUCGCUCAACAGAGCCGGAGGGACAAACUAAGGGUGCAGGGAUUUGAAGCCACCACUCUGCACCCACUAGACCAGAUUGAGGACAAAAGAUUGGAUCUUGGCACCUUUGAGCAUGCGAGGACUGGUAACAUAUUAUCCGACAUGUUCAAUUUUCCGGCAGCCGGACUAGCCAACCAGAUCUCGGGCAUCGACCGCCUACCGCCGAAGCCGGCAGCUGAAUUCUCCAGCGAGUGGUACGGGGACAAAGGGGUGGUGAUGGGUGGUAAUUUUAGUUCUUGGGGUGACACUGUGGCUGAUUCUGCGACCAUGCAGCUUUUAUUAAUGAACAUGCCAUCUCAGGAGCCACACCCGAGGUCCACCAGCUUCGGAAAUGGUUCAUUUAGUGGGGGAGUGGUGGAGAACCAAGGGCUAUCUCUAUCACUCUCCUCAUCUCUUCACCAACUAGAGAUGGGUGGAACGAGCUUGAUGAGGAAUACAAGGUUUGCGAGGGCUGCUACGGAGCUUUUAGAGGAGGUCUGCGGUGUGUGGAGGGAGCAAUUGAAGGAGAGAAGGUCAAGAAGGCAACUUAGCUCUUCAAACCCUAAUCCUAACCCUAGCUUUUCAGGUGCUAAUGGUGCCUCUUCUAGUAGAGUUGGUGGUUCUUCUUCCUCUCCCAGGAAUCUGCCAUCCUUGUCUCCUGCUGAUAAGUUUGAACACCAAAGGAAGAAGGCCAAGCUCUUGUCCAUGCUUGAUGAGGUGGAUAAGAGAUACAAUCACUACUGUAACCAGAUGCAGAUGGUAGCAAACUCCUUUGAUUCGGUGAUGGGCUUUGGAGCUGCAGCACCAUACACAGUCCUUGCUCACAGGGCCAUGUCGCGGCACUUCCGGUGCCUCAAGGAUGCGAUCAAUAAGCAACUGAAGCAGGUGUGUGAACUCCUUGGAGAGAAGGAAGUGGGUGCCACUUCAGGGAUCUCCAAAGGGGAGACCCCAAGGCUUAGGUUGCUUGAACAAAACCUAAGGCAGCGGCGACCGUUUCAACAGAUUGGAAUCAUGGAUUCUGAAGCUUGGAGGCCUCAGCGAGGCUUACCCGAACGUUCGGUUAAUAUUUUGAGAGCAUGGCUUUUUGAGCACUUCCUUCACCCGUAUCCAAGUGAUGUAGAUAAACAACAAUUGGCAAGACAGGCAGGUUUAUCCAGAAAUCAGGUCUCCAACUGGUUCAUAAAUGCGAGGGUCCGGCUGUGGAAGCCCAUGGUGGAAGAGAUGUAUCAACAAGAGGUAAAAGAAGAUGAGGAAGAUGUCAAUGAGAGAGAGGAAGCAAACCACCGAAGGCCCCUUUCACCAUCCCACAACAACUCACCGCAAGGCCAGGGACCAGAAGCCAAUGCAACUGAAGGCCCAGGGGCGGGCGCCGGAGUCCACCAAUCUAAUGACGACACCAUCCUCAUGGGUAUCGACGCACCCACCUCGGCCAUGGAUGUGUGUGGGACUGACAUGGAACCCAUGGAUGAUUUGUGCGGGGCUGCUGCAAACGCCGCGUUGGGGUCCGGCAUGCGUCUUGGUGCAACCGGAGAUGUGUCGCUCACUCUCGGCUUACGGCAUGCCGGGAACCUUCCUGAAAGGAACUGGUUUUAUGGUUAAGAGAGUUUCAGAAGGAGGGUUGUCAGAAAAGCAAAUAGAAGAAAAAGAUGUAGCAGAUUAGCCUUCUUAUUACUGUUGUAUAUGCUCUUUUUCAGACAACGAGGAAAAGAUAGACAUUUGAUUUUAAAACGCAUAGAUAUUAUGUACGUACUAUUGCAGGUUGUCCGGAAGAGAAGGGAAUUGCAUGCCACUCUUUCUUUUUCAUCUCCAUUCA